GUUCAUUAUUCUUCAUCUCACAACACAUUAACAAAAAAAAUGUCAAUCGGUUCACUCUUGUAUGCAUUCUUCUUAAUCUUACUAUCAUCGUCUCGACUUAGUCACAACAUGAAUAUAAGCCCAUCACCAGCUCCAAAUCCGGCUUCUUACGAUGAUAACAACACUGCCUUAACUAUCUUCGACGUGACUUCGUUUGGAGCCAUCGGCGAUUGCAGGACGGACGACACUUCAGCGUUCAAGAUGGCAUGGGACACGGCAUGUAUGACCACAAGUGUUGACUCAACCGUGCUUCUUGUUCCUUACACCUUUUGUUUCUUGGUGAAGCCAACCAGCUUCAAUGGUCCUUGCAGAACUCGCCUUACACUACAAAUCGAUGGGAUCAUUGUGUCUCCCGAUGGACCAAAGUCGUGGCCAUGGAACUUCAAGAGGCAGUGGCUAAUGUUCUACAGAGUGGACGGAUUAUCAAUUCAAGGCUCUGGUCUUAUCAAUGGCCGUGGUCAAAAAUGGUGGGACCUUCCUUGCAAACCUCACAAGGGGGUUAACGGAACGACUCAGACCGGUCCAUGUGACAGUCCUGUGGCAAUUAGGAUAUUUCAAAGCUCAGAAGUGAAAAUCAAAGGGCUUACCUUCAAGAAUAGUGCUCAGUUCCAUGUAAGGUUUGACAAUUGCUAUGACGUGGUAGUAGACUCUGUGACCAUCAAUGCACCAGCCUCUAGUCCCAACACUGAUGGGAUCCACAUUGAGAACACUCAUAACGUUCAGAUUCGCAAUUCCGUUAUUUCCAAUGGAGAUGAUUGUGUUUCAAUCGGAGCCGGCUGCUUUAAUGUGGACAUUAAAAAUAUUACGUGCGGUCCAAGCCACGGUAUUAGCAUAGGAAGCCUUGGAGUUCACAACUCAAGUGCAUGGGUCUCGAACAUAACUGUGACAAACUCAACCAUAUGGAACUCAGACAACGGCGUACGGAUAAAGACAUGGCAAGGAGGGUCAGGCUUGGUUUCACGAAUCGUGUUCCGCAACAUUUUGAUGGUGAACGUUCGUAACCCUAUAAUGAUAGACCAAUACUACUGCCAAACCAAGAACUGUGCGAACCAAACCAGCGCAGUCAUCAUCAGCGAUGUCCUGUACGCAAAUAUCAAAGGGAGCUACGAUCUGAGAAGCCCACCUAUGCAUUUUGGUUGCAGCGACUCGUUCCCCUGUACUAACUUAAGACUAGAAGAUGUUGACCUCUUUCCUUACAAAGGCCAGCUCUUUGAAAACCCGUUUUGCUGGAAUGCGUACGGAAGCAUGCAGACGAUUACUGUUCCACCUGUUACUUGCCUGCUUGAGGCGCUUCCGAACUGCUGACACUAGAAGUUGUGUUCAUUGUUGUUCACCAACUCAUAAUCAGAUUCAGAACAAAUAGGAACACACAAAAAAAAAUGUAAUGCUAGCUAGAUUUGAUGUCAGUAAAGAAUAUAGAAGAAAGUCUGCAACUUUUGUAUUGGUUUGAAGUCAAUCAAGUUUGUAACAUAAGAAAAUAAAAGAUACUUUGCAAAUCUAAUGUAGCGUGAGAUGAUGGUGCAUAAACGUAGAAGAGAAGUGAACUUAUAAUUCAUUUAUUGAUAGGCGAUAACUGGUGGCAAGACAAAUCGGUUCAUGAUAGGCACAAUU